AGGGAUGCCCCUUCUUCCAGCCUCCGACCACCCGCCAACUGUUUUUUCCAUUGCAGCUUCCAGGACCAGGUCCUCUGCUCCCACCAACACCACACUUUGUGCUUAGCUCCUUAUUGCCGACCAACCUUGAGCUCUUAGAUUCAUCAGAAUUAUUCCACCCAGGUGGAGACGGCCGUCAACCAUCUGGUCAACUUGCAUCUGUGAGCCUUCUUCACCUACCUCUCUCUAGCUUUGUUUCCACCAUGAGGAUGUGGCUCUGGAGGGGCGUGGGCUGCUUCUUCUGUAAGUUAGCCAAGAAGAAGCCCGAGGGCUCUCAGCGUCUCUUGAAGACACAAAACCAGCACGGUAGCUGUCCCUUCUUCCAGGACAUGCAGAAGCUAUCCAGAACUAAGUGGGGUAAAACCCUGGACCCCGUGGAAGCCGCCAUGAUCUUGAAGAGGAACUUCAACCAGGCCCUUUUGGAUCAGCAUGCCCUGGAUACUGCUGGCACGGACCCUCAUCUCUGUGACUUCCUGGAGAACCACUUCCUAGAUGGGGAGGUGAAACUCAUCAAGAAGAUGGGCAACCACCUGCCUUACCUCUGCAGGCUGGCUGGCGCCCAGGCUGGACCGAAGGAGUAUCUCUUUGAACGGCUCACUCUCAAGCAGAACAAGGAGUCUCUGGAGCCCAGAGGCCUUUGAGGGGCCCCUCUGGCAUCCCCCUUGUGUCAGGCCUUCUAUCUGAGACUCUUCCUGCAGCCACUAGGCAGGUUUUUUACCACCUUUUAGCCCUCUCACAAGCCAUGGAGCAAAUGGAAACAAUAAAGCUUUUUGCAACAACAAAA